GGUCAAUUGAACAAGUACACAGACGUUGAAGUUCAAACUCAUUGAAUCGGCGAAGAUAAGAGUUUGAUGUGAUGACGGCACAAAUGCCGGCGGCGGAUUUGGUCGAUUUUAGCAGUAAAUACUAUAAGAUAACGCGGACAUAUUCGAAGGUUGCUAAAAAUAAACGAUAGCCAACUUUUAGAAGUAAAAUAAAAACCAUUUAACAAUGAAACAAUCCGUAACACGUUGAGAAAUGCAGAUCUAUUUCCCUGUUGUGAUGUCACUGUUCCACGACUUCCACUCCGUGCUACCAUAAUAACUUGCAAAAUACGAAUAUCGCCGAUUUCGUUUCUGAUUUUCAUCCCCUGGUAGUUCCCUGGGAGAUCGAGAAAUGAAACUUGCUAGAAAGGAAAUUUUCAGUUGUUUUCGAAUUUUUAUCGCCCGAUAGAGAGGCGUGACGAUACCUGUCACGCAAGCACCUACAGUUAUGCAUGAAGGCCACGUCGACUGGUCAGCGGGUGCAAUCGUUCCGAAAAAACAAAUAUGGCCACCAUCGUUCAGCCCAGUGAAGGUUAAAAAGUUAUUUUGUACGGCAAAGAAAGCUGGAAGACAUCUUACUACUGAUCUAAAUAAGAUCAACUCGACAUGAAGCACACAGACGAAGAGUCUGUACAGAGGUUAACUGUCAGAAGAAUAUUUCUUACGCGCGGAAAACUUAAAGCAUCUAGUCGCACUUCGGCGCUGAUGUCAGGUUUUGCUAUGGUGGCAAUGGUGGAAAUUCAACUAGAACCUGGCAUCCCUCAAGAACUAUUGAUAGCAUUCAGUGUGAUGACUACCGUUCUUAUUUCAGUACAUGUCUUUGCACUCAUGAUAUCUGUCUGCAUUCUUCCGAAUAUCGAGGGAGUGGCAAAUAUUCAGUGUCAGGGAACUCAAAUGGUACGUGAUUCACCACAUGAAAAACUACAUACGCACAUAGAGAUUGCAUGGAUCUUCUCAACAGGUCUUGGGACACUUCUCUUCUUGGCAGAGAUUGCAAUACUCUGUUGGGUGAAGUUCUACAAUUACAGCAAACCUGCGGCUGUAGCAGCUUCUGUGGUGCUGGUGCCUGUGUGUAUUGUGUUUGUUUGGUUUGCUAUUCAUUUCUACAGAUCUCUUGUUCAACACAAGUAUGAAAGGUCUUUUCAGGGAAUUGAGGAACUUCAGCAGAUCGCUAACCAGCUUCACACAGACACAGGAACAUCACCAAGUUCACCUGCUCCUAGUCCAUGCCCUAAUCACAGGGUCUAACAAAACGUUUACUGCACAUUUUCAUGGUCUUGUAAUAUAACUAACAACUGGAUAUACGUUGAGAGCUCAUAAUUUUAAACCAUUUUAAUUAAAGAACACGUUUUAAAAUCUCCAAUAUGGAUAUACACUGCAAAGACAUGAAUUAUCAUUGCAGUUAUGUACAUAACUUACUGGUAAACAGCUGUGAAAAUAAAGACUGAAAAAUGAUCAUUCAUGUCUUUGCAUCUUUCUCUGUAGUUCAAAUAUAUGGUCUUUCAUUUAAUCACUUGCAUGGCUAUAUACACUCAGGAACAAAUAGUCUGUAAGAUCAGUUUGUUAAACCGUGGUGUACCAUAAAUUUAGAUCAUUCUUUCAUUUAUAAGCAUGGUCUACAUCAUCUGCACUUGUUCAAGGAUAGAAAAAGUUAAAGUUCAGGGCUUUGUGGUUUGGCGACCAUGUGUAACAUUAAAGUUUGAAACAUCUUUAUAUUCUAGGUAAAAGGGACUUAAACAAGAAAGUAUUUAUUUUAUUUUAUUGAUAACAAGUACAUUAUUGUAUUGCUCUUAAUAACUGGAGCAUAGUAGAAGUUGCUGUACAAAAAUAAUAUUAAGUUAUUAACAUUGUGAAAGGCUUAUAACAGGCUGCCAUUAGUGAUUACAGUGAACAGUAAAGAAUACGUCUAGCUUCUUUUAAACCUGAUUUUAGUUGUAAUAUGAUUUUAUUUGCUGCCAUUACAUCCAAGUUUUCCAAUCAUCAUUCAAUGACCUAACAGGCUACCUCUUGUAUAACUCAUAACAUUAUUCUUUCUGUGGUUUAGAAGGAUUGUUUGUUGACGUUUUGCUACUGGAACUCAAGAAUGUCUUGUUCAUGAAGACAGAUAGUUUAAAAGUUGUACUACUUUUAGCCAGGUUGUUUUCUUUGUUUUAAACUACACUGAUGUUCAUCACAAUAUUGUUUAAUUUUAGCUGCGGUGUACAGGGUUCUUGUGUAUUAUAUCACAUGCCUGUGGCUUCUGUUGGUAUAUAUGUACAUUUUUAGAAAAAAAAGGGAACUUAAUAACUAUCAAGUUAUAUAAAA